AUGGUUUGCUACUGCCCGCCUCAAGCCAAGCAGCCCCUGGUCAAAUUGGUGCAAACCCGCCAAAACCCAUCUGCGUCUGGCCGUGGUCGCAGGUGCGUUUUCUACUACGGUCACAAAACAUAUAUAAAACGUUCCAGAACCUCAAAGACUGCGUGUGACGGCCGUCAAGCAGAUCCCUAUCUGUCUCUGCAAUCACAUUCCCGGGCUGGAUCUGCUCACCACUGCCUUGUGGGUCAGAUUAUUGAGCCAAAGGCUCCGGGUGGAGUCCCUCAAGCAAACCUCCAAAUCACCCACUGCCUUGUGGGUCAGGCUAUUGAGUCAAAUGCUCCGAGUGGAGUCCCUCAAGCAAACCUCCGAAGCACAACGACCACCUCGCGUGCGAUUGCCCACCAAUGUAAUCGUAUGCCUGCGCGCAAAGCAUUCAGCAUCGGGUGUUGGAACGUGCACACACUACUGGACCGGAACUCCAGCGAGCGCCUCGAGCGACGCACUGCACUGGUCGCAAUGGAGCUGGCGCGCUACCACAUCGAUAUUGCGGCGCUCAGUGAAACUCGACUCGCUAAGCAAAGUAAGUUGCAUGAAGCAGGUGCUGGCUACACAUUCUACUGGGUGGGCAACGCCGCCUCAGCACCACGUGAACAUGGGGUCGGAUUUGCAAUAUCCGACCGCCUGAAUGGCCAGCUGGUGGGUGAACCAACGGGCAUCAGCGCGCGGCUGAUGACUAUUCGCCUACGAAUCGGAAGAAGAGACAACUUUGGAAUUUAUAUUCGUAGUGCGUUGAGCUUCCGGCCUGUACAACGCUCCUUGCCAUCUACCGCCUUCCUUCUACCGGAUCCCAGGUUGUUUCUUGCGACAGAACCUCUGGUUAUCACACCUCAUGUGAACUAUUCAGCUCAUGAUUAUGAGGAAUUUUUCAGGGACAUCAAUUACACGCUAGGCUACGAUAUGAUGCAAAGCACGAAGCCAUCACUGGAUAGCUUUGUCGGUCCCACCGGUAUCGAUGAGGUCUUUUGCAUUCACGGAUCAAGCGUGCCAACUACUUACCACAUGGUUUACAGUGAGCCCACUUUCUAUCGAAGUGGCUUCCCCGACCAGUAUCCCACUUUGAUUCCGGGCGAUGGGGAUGGCACAGUGCAUAUGCGUAGUCUUGAGCUUUGUCAAAAUUGGCCCGGAACCAAACACGUUGUUUUUGAGGGCGCUGAACAUCUGCAAAUCGUUGCAGAUCCCCGCCUUAUUGACCUUGUGGUCAAAAUCAUCGGUGCGAACCUGACUGAACUCGAAGUUUGAUCUCAUGAUUUUCGAACCGAUUCUUUCAGAUUGCAUCUUUUUCUCAUACCCUGCCAUCGUGUAUUUUGAAUUUGCACCUUCCCUUUCCAACACAUGCAUUAUUGUCCUGAUAUUUCAUACCAACCGACGUUUUAUUUUGGGGGUGGUGGUGGUUGUUGUAUUUUUCCAUCCCACAUCAGAUGCCUGAAAAUCUUCUCAGUUUGACGUGACAUUGGACUGACACUUCGAGUGCGUUUAUUUUGCAUCACACAACUGCUGUAUCAACCGCCUAUCUAUUCUCCGCUGGCGAAAAGAGGUCUGAUUACAUCGUUUCACAGCUCCAUUUCUUAGUUUGGUUUUUUUCGGGACUGCAGCCGUCUCAUCGUUCGUAUUAAAAUUGAUUGCAGUUUUUCCAGGACAAGGUUGUUAAGGAAACUGUUUCGUGCUCGAAGUACAAAAGAAAUGUUUCCCGACCGGACGAGAUGCAUGUUCUUCUUGUGGUCUCUUAUUUCAACAACAAUAUUGUCAUACAGGACCUGUGUUUUCUUUCAUAUUAUCAAAUCGAAUGUGUGUCUAUCAUUGAAUUAUCCACCAGAAAAUUCUUUUCAUUUCC